CGCUCUAGUCGCUGUAGUCGGGGCUCGGGACCGGCUGCCAUCUUAGUGGAGGGACUGAGGAGUCGUCGCCGCCCCGAGUCCCGGUAACAUGCAUUUCACAGUGGCCUUCUUGAAACAACGCCUUAACCCAAAGAAGUGACUCAGCCAGUGAGAACUUCAGGUCUGCUGUCUUAUUGAUGGUAUGUCUGACAGUGGAUCACAGCUUCAUUCAGUGGGUAGCUUGACCAUGAAAUCACAACUUCAGAUCACUGUCAUCUCAGCCAAACUUAAAGAAAAUAAAAAGAAUUGGUUUGGACCAAGUCCUUAUGUAGAAGUCACAGUAGAUGGGCAGUCAAAGAAGACAGAAAAAUGCAACAAUACAAACAGUCCCAAGUGGAAGCAACCCCUUACGGUUAUCGUUACCCCUACGAGUAAAUUACAUUUUCGUGUGUGGAGUCACCAGACCCUGAAAUCUGAUGUUUUGUUGGGAACUGCUGCAUUAGAUAUUUAUGAAACAUUAAAGUCAAACAAUAUGAAACUUGAAGAAGUAGUUAUGACUUUGCAGCUUCUAGGAGACAAAGAGCCAACAGAGACAAUCGGAGAUUUGUCGGUUUGUCUUGAUGGGCUGCAAGUAGAAGCUGAAGUGGUUACUAAUGGUGAAACUUCGUGCUCAGAAAGUAUUUCACAGAAUGAUGAUGGCUGCAGACCCAAAGAUGAAACAAGAGUGAGCACGAAUGGAUCAGAUGACCCUGAGGUUGCAGCGUCAGGGGAAAACAAGAGGACAAACGGGAACAAUUCUCCGUCGCUUUCAAAUGGUGGCUUUAAGCCUUCUAGACCUCCGAGACCUUCAAGACCACCUCCACCCACCCCACGAAGACCAGCAUCUGUAAACGGUUCACCAUCCACCAAUUCUGAAAGUGACGGGUCUAGUACAGGCUCUAUACCACCAACAAAUACAAAUGUAAACACAAACACAAGUACAUCCGAAGGAGCAACAUCUGGGUUAAUAAUUCCUCUUACUAUAUCUGGAGGCUCAGGCCCUAGGCCACUGAAUACUGUAAGUCAAGCUCCCCUCCCACCUGGGUGGGAGCAGAGAGUAGACCAGCAUGGGCGUGUGUACUAUGUAGACCAUGUUGAAAAGCGAACAACAUGGGAUAGACCAGAACCUCUACCUCCUGGUUGGGAACGGCGUGUGGACAAUAUGGGACGUAUUUAUUAUGUUGACCAUUUCACAAGAACAACAACAUGGCAGAGGCCAACGUUGGAAUCUGUCCGGAACUAUGAACAGUGGCAGCUACAACGUAGUCAGCUUCAGGGAGCAAUGCAGCAGUUUAACCAGAGAUUCAUCUAUGGGAAUCAAGAUUUGUUUGCUACAUCACAAAAUAAAGAAUUUGAUCCCCUUGGUCCUCUGCCCCCUGGGUGGGAGAAGAGAACUGAUAGCAACGGCAGAGUGUAUUUUGUCAACCACAACACUCGAAUUACACAGUGGGAAGACCCCAGAAGCCAAGGUCAAUUAAAUGAAAAACCCUUACCUGAAGGCUGGGAAAUGAGGUUCACGGUGGAUGGAAUCCCAUAUUUUGUGGACCACAAUAAAAGAACAACCACUUAUAUAGAUCCACGUACAGGAAAAUCUGCCCUAGACAACGGACCCCAGAUAGCCUAUGUUCGGGACUUCAAGGCAAAGGUUCAGUAUUUCCGGUUCUGGUGUCAGCAACUGGCCAUGCCACAGCAUAUAAAGAUCACAGUGACAAGAAAAACAUUGUUUGAGGAUUCCUUUCAACAGAUAAUGAGCUUCAGCCCGCAAGAUCUGAGAAGACGUUUGUGGGUGAUUUUCCCAGGAGAAGAAGGUUUAGAUUAUGGAGGUGUAGCAAGAGAAUGGUUCUUUCUUUUGUCACAUGAAGUGUUGAACCCAAUGUAUUGCCUGUUUGAAUAUGCAGGGAAAGAUAACUACUGCCUGCAGAUAAACCCCGCUUCUUACAUCAAUCCAGACCACCUGAAAUAUUUUCGCUUUAUCGGAAGAUUUAUUGCCAUGGCUCUAUUCCAUGGGAAAUUCAUAGAUACUGGGUUUUCUUUACCAUUCUAUAAACGUAUCUUGAACAAACCAGUUGGACUUAAGGAUUUAGAAUCUAUUGAUCCAGAAUUUUACAAUUCUCUCAUCUGGGUUAAAGAAAACAAUAUUGAAGAAUGUGGUUUGGAAAUGUACUUCUCUGUUGAUAAAGAAAUUCUAGGUGAAAUUAAGAGUCAUGAUUUGAAACCCAAUGGUGGCAAUAUUCUUGUGACAGAAGAAAAUAAGGAGGAAUACAUCAGGAUGGUAGCUGAGUGGAGAUUAUCUCGAGGUGUUGAAGAACAGACACAAGCUUUCUUUGAGGGCUUUAAUGAAAUUCUUCCCCAGCAAUAUUUACAAUAUUUUGAUGCAAAGGAAUUAGAGGUCCUUUUGUGUGGAAUGCAGGAGAUUGACUUGAAUGACUGGCAGAGGCAUGCCAUCUACCGCCACUACACUAGGACCAGCAAACAGAUCAUGUGGUUCUGGCAGUUUGUUAAAGAAAUUGAUAACGAGAAGAGGAUGAGACUUCUGCAGUUCGUGACUGGAACCUGCCGAUUGCCAGUGGGAGGAUUUGCUGACCUCAUGGGGAGUAAUGGACCACAGAAGUUCUGCAUCGAGAAAGUUGGGAAAGAAAAUUGGUUACCCAGAAGCCAUACUUGUUUUAACCGCCUGGACCUCCCACCCUACAAGAGCUAUGAGCAACUGAAGGAAAAGCUGUUAUUUGCCAUUGAAGAAACAGAAGGAUUUGGACAAGAGUAACUGUUGAGACCUUAGGCCACCAGAGAGCAGGGACUCGUCUCCAGUGCCUGCCCCUUCCUUCUCUGCCUGUUGCACAUCUUAUUGUAAACUUGGACUGUGACUAGAGAGUUAUCUGAGUGGAAGGAGCUUAAUGCUACCGUUGAGAUUUAUCUUCCAGUGAUUCUGGAUUUCUUCUCAACGUUUCCAGAAAGCCGAUCUACAAAGCAGUAGUCAGAAACUUACUUAACACGAGAUUUAACACAGCGAUGAAAUCUCCAUUGUCUUAUUCCACUAGAUUGUUCCCUUAACAACAGUUUUCUGUGUGUGUCAAAGUCUCACUUGGGAGUAGGUCUCUUGGUGGCUGUUGUCAAGACUCUGCAGACACCCAGGGACGACUCCAAAGCUGCAAUACACAAGGUCUUCCUGGUAAAGCCUCUAGCUAGGAGGUGCUGGCCAAGAGUGCAAGCUCAGCCCCGCGGUGGCGGCGGCGGUGGCAGUGGCACUCGAGCAACUGCUGCUUGUGCUCUCCCUCUCGUUUCAGCCUGGCCUGACUGUUGACUUCAUUCCCGGAGCAGGGAUCAGUGCGGCGUCGUCGUCAUUCUGAUGAUGUGGUUCCUGGAAGUGACGCAGGACUCACAGCUUCUACAAAGUAGUUUUGUCUAUUCAAUUCAGGGAAAACUUGCUCCCCGCCAACAUAUGACUUCAUACCUCUCUUCAUUCAGUUUAUAAUUAUUUUAUUGCCUUGCAAAUACUAAACUUUGCAAACAGAAUCAGCACUGUGGUUCCUUCAUGUUUUAGAAGUUAACCCCGAAUCAAAAUUAAAUUGGCUGAAUUCAUCUAA